AACCUCUACGGGCCCUACAAGGAGAUGCCCGGGAUGGGCCAGAGCCUCUCGCCGCUGGGCAACGGUCUGGGCUCGCUCCACAACCCCCAGCAGGGCCUCCACAACUACGGGCCGGCCGGCCCCGAGAAGAUGCUGAGCCCCAACUUCGAGGCCCACCCGGCCAUGCUGGCCCGGGGCGAGCAGCACCUCUCGCGGGGCCUGGCCACCCCGCCGGCCCCCAUGAUGGCUCACCUUAACGGGAUGCAUGUCAGCAACCCGGGCCAGCUGGAGGAGAUCAACACCAAAGAAGUGGCGCAGAGAAUCACCGCCGAGCUGAAGCGCUACAGCAUCCCGCAGGCCAUCUUCGCCCAGCGGGUGCUGUGCCGUUCUCAGGGGACCCUCUCAGACCUUCUAAGGAACCCUAAGCCUUGGAGUAAACUGAAAUCGGGCAGGGAGACCUUCCGAAGAAUGUGGAAAUGGCUGCAGGAACCCGAGUUCCAGAGGAUGUCAGCCUUAAGACUUGCGGGUAAGUGGCUCGCCUUGGGGGGGAAAGGAGGUCGCCCGCGGCCCCCAACUUCCAGAGGCGACGCUCGAGGGGAGGGGGGCUCGUGUUCACGUGCUGCGGGCUGGCGAGGAGGGCGCCCUGCACGUGCGGACGGGCGACUUGGGUCCUCCUUAGGAGAGCGCCCAAGCGAGCGUUUGAACUUGGCUGCGUAUCCCGUGACCCUUGUCUCGCGGGUUCCGCUGGGGAUGCUAACAAGACAACGCCUUGGUGGCUGCCCCGCUUCACGUGCCUUCCUUUAACCUGUCCCCGAUCUUGGCUUAGCGGCUGGUGCUUGUUGUUCCGGAGGGGGACACCUUCUCUCCCGCUGUAUCCCUGGGGGUUAAACCUUCGAGCCGCCUCGGUCCGAAGGCAGACAUCUCCGGAGGAGCGAGGGUUGCGCUGCGUGAAAGGUGUGCGUGUGUGUGCAUUGUCCCAAUUCCCCCUCCGCAAACUUUUUGAAGGGGGGCGGGUGGUUUCUUUCCUUUCCUCUCCUCGCAGGGCAGAGGGAAGGCACGUCUGCGCGUGCUUUAAAAGGAGCGCACUUUUCUCCCAGCCUUCGCGAUCCAUCCAGCAGCGCGUGUUUACGUGUGCACACUUAGACACAGAUGCAGUGUCACGCUGAAGUCCAGCUUUACCUUGGCUAAACAUGAGUACCGUGU